CUCUAAGGAGAUGCUUAUACGAAUCCGCUAGAAUUUAUCGAUGGCUGCGGCGGUGGUGUUUGUGCUUUUCGUUGCGGCUGCCGCAUCGGCAUCUCGAGCAACGCUCCUUGGUGGGCCGGUUCCCGCGAGUGAGAAUGAACAAGGAGUGCAGAAAGCGCUGAGUUUCGCCAUGCAAGAAUAUAAUAAACAAAGCAACGACAUGUUCCUCAGCACCAUCACCAAGGUUAACGGAGUAACCAAACAGCUCGUGGCUGGUACACUCUACAAAAUAGAUGCUGUUGUAAGCCGGACUGAGUGCAAAAAGGCAGCUGUUGAUGUUCAGAAUUGUCCUCUCCAUACUGACCAGAAGUUUAUCAAGAGUAUGAGCUGUAAAUUUGAGGUGUUAAAUGUUCCUUGGAAAAGAGAAAAUAAACUGCGAAAGAAAGAGUGCGUCUAAUUCAAGAUCUUCCAUAUCAUUAUUUUAACCACUAAUCCAGUUAUAUAGCAAUAAUAACCUUGCUUUGAGUUUUAACAUAACUUGAACAAAAAUGAAAGUUUUAAAAGCUUACAUUAACAAGAAUUUUAACUGAUGUUUUAUUUGUAAUUUCUGUUUUGCAUACAAUUCAAAAUCCAAAUAAAAAAAUUGGUACCUA